AUGCUUCACAGCGUCUGCAGCUCGAUGCGAGUCACAGAGACCAAGAGUCACGAUCUGCUGGCCCUGGCAUGGCCGUCGCCUCCUCGAAACGUGCUGGUCGUCCGGAAGGAUCAUGACUCCGAGGUCCACAAGGCACUGAUAGACUAUGCAAACCACAUCAACGACGUCUAUCCAGACACGAAUUUGAUCUUCGAGCCAUAUGUAGCUCACAGUAUUCACGAGCAGCUUGGCUUCCCCGUCUACGCCACGAACGGCGAAGGCAACUCGGCGUAUGAGAAGCAUGUUGAUCUCACCACUACUCUCGGAGGCGAUGGCACAAUCCUGCAUGCCGCCUCUCUUUUUGCUACGGCAACAAGUGUGCCUCCUGUGCUCUCGUUCUCCAUGGGCACGCUAGGCUUCCUGGGCGAGUGGAACUUCAACGAAUUCAAACGUGCCGUCCGGGAAGUGUUCAUGUCUGGAGCCCCGAUAUCACUGCCUCCCAAAAGCACAGAUGAGCCAGAGCAGCAAGAGAGGUCUCAGGCCUGGAUGAAAAUCCGAGGCAAAUCGAUGGGCUCCUCUCGAAACUCCCGAAUCCUGCUUCGCAAUCGACUCAGGAUAGGCAUUUUCGACUCGGAUGGAACACGAUUACCACACGAACCGCCGUUUGCGCAUGCAGACAACCGGGGUGAGGGCAUAUUCGCUUUGAAUGAAGUCCUGCUACAUCGAGGAGCCCUGCCUCAUUUGGCCCACAUCACGAUACUCAUUGGCUCGCCCCCUCAUCAAAAGAUCUUGACGACAGCAAUUGCAGACGGCUUCCUGGUUUCGACUCCGACAGGCUCUACAGCUUACAGCUUAUCAAGCGGCGGGAGCAUCGUGCAUCCAUUGGUGUCUUCGAUUCUUCUCACGCCUAUCUGUCCUCGCUCGCUUUCGUUUCGGCCUCUGGUACUUCCAGCAAACACCCCUAUAACACUCAGGAUUGAAGCUGCAAACCGUGGUAAGGAGAUCGAAGUCUCUGUUGACGGUGUCAGACGGCAGGAAGGGUUGAGGACAGGAAUGGAGGUCCGUGUCGUUGGUGAAGAGGUUCGCUCUCCUGGUGCACCUGGAGCACGAGAUUGGAUCCGUGGUGUGCCGAGUAUAGUACGCUCAGGUGGCGAUGCAGACGGUGAUGAUCAUUGGGUCGGCGGCUUGAACUCCUUGCUAAAGUUCAACUACCCGUUUGGAGACAAUGGUUGACGUGAAUAUAGAGCUAUAGAAAAUUAAGAUGCUCGAUGGCGCGAGACGUCAUGGUAC